AAACUGGGAAAAUAGAAAACCCAUGCAAGAAAAGUUACACAUGCAGAUGGAGAUGGAUCAGUCUUCGGUUGUUUCAGAGCUAGAAGGGACACUCCUCAAGGACCCCGAUCCCUUCUCCUACUUCAUGUUGGUUGCAUUCGAGGCGUCGGGGUUGCUCCGGUUCGCCUUGCUGCUAGUUAUGUGGCCGGUGAUUAAGUUUCUCGAGAUGAUAGGUAGGGAGGAGGCGGGGCUGAAGCUAAUGAUAUUUGUUGCGGUUGCUGGAGUUCGCGAAUCGGAGAUCAAAUCAGUGGCGCGAGCUGUGCUGCCGAAGUUUUGCGUGGAGGAUGUCGAUAUGGAGGCGUGGAAGGUGUUCAGUUCUCGUGAUCAGCGGGUUGUAGUGACGAAGAUGCCGAGGAUAAUGGUGGAGAGGUUUGUGAAGGAGCACUUGCGUGCUGAUGAAGUUGUUGGCUGUGAGCUGGUUGUGAACCGGUUUGGGUUAGCCACAGGUUUCGUUAAGGGUGAAAUUGGAUCCAGUCAUUUCUGUGACAGGGUAGGCAAGCUGGUUGCAGAGAAAUUAACACAACCUACAUUAGGGUUGGGAAGACCUACCUCAUCAAGUUCUUCGUUUUUAUCACUAUGCAAGGAACAAAUGCACCCUCCAUUCAUGAUGACCAACCAAAAGGACGAACAACAGCUCCUCCGCCCUCUCCCGGUGAUCUUCCACGACGGCCGACUAGUGAAGCGCCCGACGCCAUCCACCGCUCUCUUAAUCCUCCUCUGGAUGCCCCUAGGCAUCUUACUAGCCUUCAUCCGCAUAACAGUGGGCUUGAUGUUGCCAAUGUGGGCUAAACCCGCGAUGUCCCGGUUACUUGGCGGCAAAGUCAUCGUUAAAGGCAAACCCCCACCCCCACCAGCAGUCCCCGGAAACAACAACUCCGGCGUACUAUUUGUCUGCACUCACCGAACCCUAAUGGACCCCGUCGUAUUGUCCACCGUACUCGGCCGUAAAAUCCCAGCCGUCACAUACUCCGUCUCUCGAUUCUCCGAGAUCCUAUCCCCGAUCCCCACAAUCCGAUUAACCCGAAUCCGACACGUCGACGCCGAGAAAAUCAAGCGUGAACUGACUAAAGGAGACCUAGUGGUCUGCCCCGAAGGAACGACGUGUCGUGAGCCUUUCCUCUUGAGAUUCAGCGCACUCUUUGCCGAGCUCACAGACCGAAUAGUCCCCGUGGCCAUGAACUAUAGGGUAGGGUUCUUUCAUGCAACCACCGCCAAGGGUUGCAAAGCUUUGGAUCCCAUUUUCUUCUUCAUGAACCCUAGACCGGUAUAUGAGGUCACUUUCUUGAACCAGUUGCCGAUGGAAGCUACGUGUUCGUCGGGGAAGAGUCCUCAUGAUGUUGCUAAUUACGUGCAGAGGAUCUUGGCUGCAACGUUAGGGUUUGAGUGCACGAACUUCACCAGAAAGGACAAGUACACAGUGCUCGCCGGGAACGAUGGAACCGUCAAAUAUACUUCUUUGGUCGACGGAGUUAAGAAAGUGGUGAAGACCUUUAUGCCGUUUAACACAAAGACGAGGAAGGAAUAAUGAUUCGUCGUUUGGUUUAGUGUUGGGUCUGUGAAUUUUUCUUUUUUUGAGGGAUAUUUAUUCUUUUCUGCUGUGUAGAAAUAAAGUACCAGUGUAAUGGAUGAUGGUUGAUAUGGUUUUAUUUGUAGGAAAACCUUGUUUGU